AUGGCCGACAUCACUGCCGUCGGUGAGGAGAACCCUUCUCCUACUCAGGAUGAGCUGCAGCAGGCCGCGGCCGGUAAUGGCGCUCCUGAUAACCGCACUCCCAAGCGUCGUAUGAGCGACGAUGAAGAGGAUGAGGAGAAGCAGGGUCGCGAGCGCAGAAAGAUUGAGAUCAAGUUCAUUCAGGAUAAGUCGCGUCGCCACAUCACCUUCUCCAAGCGGAAGGCGGGUAUCAUGAAGAAGGCGUACGAAUUGUCCGUCCUCACAGGCACUCAGGUGCUGUUGCUGGUCGUGUCCGAGACCGGCCUUGUCUAUACCUUUACCACCCCUAAGCUCCAACCAUUGGUCACCAAGGCGGAGGGCAAGAACCUUAUUCAGGCUUGCCUCAACGCCCCCGACCCUACCACCAGCGAGAAUGGCGUCGACGCCCCCGAGGUCCCAGCGGAGACCCCCGAGGAUGUCAACCACACUAAUGUCAAUGCUGCCGCGGCCCAACAGACCAGCAUCCCUCGUCCUACCGGAAUGCAUCCCGGUUACAUGACCAACGAACAACAGCAGCAAAUGGCCUACUACCAGAACCACCUCCAGCAGCAACAGCAGGCGGGUGGGCAGUACCCCGGCAUGUCUGUCGGUGGUCGCAUGCCCACGCAGCACCAGCCUACCGCAUAA